AGGUAGAACGACAUCUACGGCAGUAACUACAUAAACGAACGCCACUCCAUAUCUACUUGCAUCAUGGCGCGGUCGUGCAGCGUUGUCCAUGGGUAUUGCAUCAUUAUUUUGACGUGAUCUAACUUUAUUAUCUCCUCAUUAUUUACGGAGGCAGCCAAGAAAUAAGAAGAAUUUGCCAUAUGUCUAUGAUCUCACACGUACACGAAAGAACUAGACCAAAUAAAGAAAAAAAAGGAGCAAGUACUCAUUGUUAUUUGACUAUUAUAACGGCGUAACCAGGCAUAACAUACUUUUUUAUUCGAUAUGGAUAAUGAUUAUUAUGCCACUAUAUAUACAUGGUUCGAGAAAUGUGGGAUUGUAUCUAAUAUCAGGACACAUCUGCGACAGAACUUGGUGAACGCUUUGAAACGCAAGGAUCUGAGGCUAUGUAAGAAUAUAGAGGCAAGGUCAGCAAAACAGUAUGUUUAUGAUAUGUUAAUAGCCGAGUAUCUAUUUAGUCACAAUUACUCCUUCACCCUGUCGAUAUUUGCUAGUGAAGUCCCACUUUUAGUAAACUUUUGCAACAGUGUGCCACAGUGUUCCUCUGAUGAGAGUGAUAGAGGUAGUGGUAGCGGACAUAAGUUACAAAGUGAUUACAUAGCACACACUCUGGAAACUUUAGGCAUUGAUCCCAACAAACCCGAGGGCCAAUAUAUUAUAUCAAAUUAUAUGAAUAGUGAAACACCAUUGUUGCUAUCUAUUCUGAGCUCGAUAGCCUCGCUUGUUACUAACACUCAGUCAUCAACAAGAAGGACUAUGUACGACAAGAAGACGCAAACUAAUUUAACUUUGGAAGUAAAUCUUGUAGAAGCAACAAAAAUAGAGGCAAUAAGGAAAAGAAUUAUGCAACAGAAACAACUGUAUGAUGACGAGUUAAAGGCAAAGGAAAGCAAAUUAAAGCAGCAAGUCACAGUUAUAAAGCAUCAACUUAAUUCAUUAAAUGCAAAAGUGGAAGAAGCUCAGAAUUUAAUGCAAUCUUUGACGCUGAAAGAAAUGCAAUUGAAGGAAGAAAAAAAUAGCAAUACACAAUGUGUCCUGCAAAAGGAAAUAGAACUAUCUAUGAAACAAAAUUUCUUAACACAAGAAGCUAACAGAUUGCAAAGAGAACGAGAUAGUUACAGGAAGUUCGAAAAUGGCUUGAAAAAACUGCAACGAGAGCUCGUUAAAAUGCAGAAGGAAAUGUCACAAAGCACAUCGAAUCAAUAUGCUCAAAACAAUUUUAGAGACAUUUAUGUACAAACUGAUAGGGAGAGCCGUACCAUAAUGGAUGAAUGCAGAACUCUACAAAGGGAGAAGCUGGAGCUAACGAAUCUCGUGGAAAUGCAACGAUCAAAAAUAGAACAGAUCACGCAGCGCAGCAUCCAGUUAUCACACCAAUUGGAGGAGGUUCAUUUAUUACCAUUUGAAAUGCCAGUUCCUGUGACUCGAAUUGCCAGCACAAAUGCAAUUGUUAGUGAGAGUAGUUCUACCGAAGAUAUUCUUCAGGACGCCAAGACGCGGCUAAAGCGCUUGGAAGAAGAAAGUUCCAAAGCCGAUCAGUAUUUUUGUACUUUCGUUAACACGUCUUCGUAGCAAAUAAGACAUUUCAAAAU